GAUUUUCAGUUCAGAGCACUGAAGAAGGUCCGCAUCUUUGAUGCCCCUGAUGAUCUUCCCAAAGAGCGCUCCAGUCUCCUUGCAGUGUCUAACAAAUAUGGCCUGGUCUUUGCUGGUGGAGGAACCAGCCUGCAGAUCUUUCACACUAGAAAUCUUCUCAUCCAAAACCAGCUGGGAGAAGAUCCCAAUAAGAUUGUGGAGAAUGUUCAGAGUACCUUAGUUCCCAUGAAGUUUCCUGUGCAGCACCUGGCUCUAAGCUGUGAUAAUCUCACACUGUCCGUCUGUAUGAUGUCCGGCGAGAUCGGUUCCUUCAUUGGCUUUUUUGAUGUGCGCACAUUCUUAAAUCAGGCAAAACAGCAGAAACGUGCAUUUGCAUAUCACAAACUGGCCAAGGACUCUGGAAGUGCAGCAAUGGUCAACGACCUGAAGUGGAACCCUGCUAGUCCUGCCAUGGUGGCCAUCUGCCUGUCUGAUGGCAGCAUCUCUGUCCUGCAGGUCACAGAUUCUGUGAAGGUGUAUGCCACACUGCCUUCCUCUGUAGCUGUUACAUCUGUGUGUUGGAGCCCAAAGGGAAAACAACUGGCUGUAGGGAGGCAAAAUGGCACUGUGGUACAGUAUCUGCCUAAUCUGCAGGAGAAGAAAGUAAUCCCUUGUCCUCCCUUUUAUGACUCAGACAAUCCUGUUAAAGUUUUGGACGUACUGUGGAUUGGCACAUACGUCUUUACUAUCGUAUAUGCAGCGGCUGAUGGGACACUGGAAACACCUCCAGAAGUGGUCAUAGCCAUCUUGCCUAAAAAGGAAGAGAAGCGACCAGAGAAGUUUGUGAAUUUCAUGGAGCCUUGCUAUGGGAGCUGCACAGAGAGACAGCAUCAUUAUUUCCUCAACUAUGUUGAGGAAUGGGAUCUAGUUCUGGCAGCUUCAGCAGCUUCCACAGAAGUCAGCAUUCUUGCCAGACAAGGGGAUCAGAACUGGGAAUCGUGGCUUUUAGAGGACUCCAGCAGAGCAGAACUUCCUGUGGCAGAUAACAGUGAUGACACUCUGCCUGUUGGCGUUGCUAUAGACUACACCAGUAACAUGCCUAUCCCAAUCAGUGAUGAGAAGACCGUUGCUGCAGCUCCAGUUCUGAUCUUGCUCUCUACGGAUGGUGUGCUCUGCCCAUUUUACAUGAUCAACCAAAACCUGGGGGUCAGAUCACUUAUUGUGACCCCAGAGCCAUUGCAGUUAGUAGGGGAGAGAGUUCCAAAAUCAGCAGGAAGUACUGCCACGACUCCAACCACUCCUCCAACUUUAAAGCCUGACACAGUACCAGUUGUUGCUCCUGCUGUGCCUGCCUCAACUCAGCCUCCUGCAGGGAGUGGAGCAGCUGCUUUUUCCUUCAUGCCUUCAGCUGUGAAGAUGCCUGGCACUACUGGCAGUGAUCCUCCACCUUAUCCCUUUACCGCUGAUGCCUCCAAGCAAGCCGUGGCUCCCAGUCUGACUGGAGCAGCAAUGUUCUCUUUCUCCUCCACUUCUCCUAAGGCAUCCCUGACUCCUGCUCCUCCUACAGUGACCACUACAGCUACUGCCAGCUCCUUUUCAUUUGGAUCCUUGAAUGUUAAGCCAGCUGCAGACAGCUCACCUGGGCCACCACUCUCCACACCACCUCUUGCACAGAAGGCAUCUUUUGCCCCUUCAGCUUCUUCAGUCAAAGUGAACCUCAAUGAGAAGUUCACUGCUGUAGACACCGCUUCUCCCACUAGCACCACUGGUCAGUGCACUUCAACAAUGUUUUCAUUCUCAACCACUUCAAAAACUGCUUCUGGAGGUCCUCUGAGCCAGUCCACACCCCUUGCAGCCCCUCCUACCACACCACUGAAGGCUUCAACCCCUGUGCCUGCCACAGUGACACGUCCUGCUCAAAAUAUGCCCUCAGCUUCUUUACUACAGAAGACAGCCAAAAUCACCCCUUCUGCAGCAAAGCUGAGCUCUAGUCAGGGCAAAACAGCACUCCCCAGCACAGCUUUAGAGAAACAGACCCACCAGUGGAAGGAUUCAGACCCUGUCAUAGCAGGAAUCCGAGAGGAGAUUGCACAUUUUCAAAAGGAGAUGGAGGAACUGAAGACACGGACUUCCAAAGCUUGUUUCCAAGUUGGUACUCCAGAGGAAAUGAAGACAUUGCGAACUGAGUCAGAUGAUCUUCACACCUUCCUCUUGGAAAUUAAAGAGACAACAGAGUCACUUCACGGAGAUAUUAGUAUUCUGAAGACAACCUUGCUGGAGGGAUUUGCAGGGGUAGAAGAGGCCAGAGAACAGAAUGAACAGAACCGCAGCUCGCGGUAUUUACACUUGCUCUAUAAGAAACCUUUGGAUCCCAAGAGUGAAGCGCAGCUUCAGGCAAUACGGCGCUUGCACCAGUACGUGAAGUUCGCUGUUCAGGAUGUGAAUGAUGUUCUAGAUUUGGAGUGGGAUCGGCAUCUGGAACAGAAGAGAAAGCAGAAGCGUCUGAUAGUUCCUGAGCGAGAGACUUUGUUUAACACCCUGGCUAAUAACCAGGAAAUAAUCAAUCAGCAGAGGAAGAGACUAAAUCAGCUUGUGAACAGCCUGCAGCAGCUCCGACUGUAUAAUCGGACAUCUCAGUGGAGUGUUCCCAGUGAUACAUCUUCUCUUAGCAGUGCUCAAAGUUUUGACAGUGACCUUGAAAGCCUGCGCAAUGCCUUGAUGAAAACUACCUUGGAAUCACAUGCCAAACCUCUACCUAAAGUACCUGCUAAAUUAUCCUCUGUGAAACAGGCACAGUUGAGGAAUUUUCUAGCCAAGAGGAAAACUCCACCAAUUAGGUCUACAGCUCCAGCAAGUUUGUCCCGGUCUGCCUUUUUGUCUACAAGAUACUAUGAAGAUUUGGAUGAAGUCAGUUCAACAUCCUCAGUUUCCCAGUCACUAGAGAAUGAGGAUUCACAGGCAGUGGACCAGGAAGAAGAGGCUGCUCCAGUCCAAGUCCCUCGUCAUGCUCCUGUGGUCCGUACUCCCUCUGUCCAGCCUGGUUUGAUGGCACAGUCUCCGCCCUUUGGGAAACAGCACGUCUCCCUGGGUACUUUGUUGCCUACAUCUUCAAACAGAAUCAUACCACAAGGGGCAGACAGUACAAUGCUUGCAACAAAGACUGUGAAGCACGGGGCUCCUGCUCCCACUGUCACUGUUCCAGCACCACAGGCAGCUGCUGCUGCAGCUCUGCGGAGGCAGAUGGCUAACCAGUCCCCAGCUGUAAGCACCUCCCUGACUGAAUCAACUCUGAAGAACGUUCCUCAGGUGGUGAAUGUGCGGGAGCUCAAGACUGGUGCAUUGACUCCAGCUGUCUCUGCAGUAAUAGGGUCAUCUGUACCUCACUCUGCAGCCCAGGCAGUCCACCAAGUUUUGGCAACUGUUGCUACAAAUCAAGCUAAACAGACCCCUCUAACAAGCUCGCUUAAGGGACAGACUCCACCUUCCUCUGUGUGUGCACCAUGUCCUAUGGCAUCUACAGCUGGUCCAACAUCAUCUGGCAACAAAAUCUCAGGACAAGGGUCAGUAAAAACAGUUACAGCUGCGACUUCUUCUACAGUGACAUCAGCACCAGCAACAACCACACAGCUUAACAAAGCGUUCUCAUUUUCUUCUGUGGGGUCUGGAUUUAAUUUUGGCAUUGUCACAUCAGCUGCUUCAUCACCAACGCUGCCCAGCCUCACUUCCUCACAAG